AUGACUGCCUCUGAGCUGAAAUCUUCUGUAUUCCGUACCCCCGGAGGCACAGCCAUACAUUAUCUACAAGCUGGGAACUCCAGUGGCCCUCUGCUAAUAUGCUUACACGGCCUCGGUGGUUCGACAGAGACGUUUGUGCCGCUCUUACCAUCCCUGCCCACGUCCUAUAGCGUCAUUCUCGUGGAUUUCCAAGGCUUUGGUAAAUCGCCAGUGUCGACAGAAGGCCCCUUUUCAGUCGGCGGCCAUGUCUCCGACAUUCACCAUCUCAUCACAUCUUUGCAAGCAGCUCCUGGCAGCGAGUCGGGAGCGCAAAAGGUCGUCAUCAUCGGCCACUCCCUCGGCGCCAUCGUCGCCCUGCACUACGCCGCAGAGCACGCCCAAGACGUCGCCGGUCUCGCGCUACUUGCCGCUGGCCGAUCAGCCGCCCACAUCCCGAUCGUCCGCCAACGAAUGACCGACCUGGCGAGGAACACUCGAGAGAAAGGUAUCGGGUUUGCUGCGGAUCUUGCGGCAACGACGAACUUUCCACCUGCAGACAUGCGAGACGUGCCACCCAAAAUCAGAGAGGCUCUUCAUGCUGCUGUCGCGGCAUCCGAUCCGGAGGGUUACGCGCGCACUUGCGAGAUGAUGGUCGACCCCAGCCACACGGAUCCAGACUAUUCAAAGAUCACAUGCCCUGCCGUAUUUGUUGCUGGAGACUUGGACGGCAUCAGCCCUCCUGAAAGAUCAGAGGACCUGAACAGGCUGGUGGCUGGGGACAGUUCUGUAUUCAUUGUCAAGAGCGGCCACCAGGUGAUUCUCGAAGAUCCGGAGGCUGUCGGCGGAGCAGUCAAGCACCUCUUUACCAAGAUCAGCGGCUGA